UUAAAUCACCGCACCCCAAAAUUCCUGCUUUUCCUCGUUAAUUCCGCCCCCCCAAUUCCCAACUUUCUCUCUCCUAUCUCUUUCCUUCUCGCCGGAAAACUCCAUCAUCACCGGCGAGAAUGUCUCAGUCCACCGCCACAGCAUUCUCUCUCCUAACCCCAACCAAAAUCUCCCCUUUCAAAACCCUCCUUAAACCCCGCCAUUCAAUCCUUUCCGUCCGAUCAGACCCCAAAUCAAACCCUCACUCUAACCACCACCACCACCCCCUCUCCGUCUCUGUUUCCGGAGCCGCGGUGGUUUCCCCGGUGGUUCUAGACUCUUCUUCAUCUUCCUCCUCCGCCUUAGAAAUCGACCAUGUAAGCUCGUCGGAGAUGAAGGAGAACGGGUUUCGCAGCACGCGCAGGACGAAGCUCGUGUGCACGAUUGGGCCUAGCACGUGCGACUUCGAUACUAUCGAGGCGCUUGCUGAAGGUGGGAUGAAUGUCGCACGUUUGAACAUGUGUCAUAACACGAGGGAGUGGCACAAGGAGGUGCUUGAGCACGUGCGAAGGUUGAAUGAGGAGAAAGGGUUUGCUGUUGCAGUGAUGAUGGAUACUCAAGGGAGUGAGAUUCAUUUGGGUGAUUUUGGUGCUGCUUCUUCUCUUAAAGCCGAGGAUGGCGAUAUUUGGACCUUCAGUGUCCGGUCUUUUGACGAGAGUCAGCCAGAGCGCACCAUCAGUGCAAGCUACGACGGUUUCGCUGAAGAUGUCGAAGUGGGUGAUGAACUUGUCGUGGAUGGUGGUAUGGUUCGGUUUGAGGUUGUUGAGAAAAUUGGCCCUGAUGUCAAGUGCUUGUGCACUGAUCCGGGUUUAUUGUUGCCUCGUGCAAAUCUCGCCUUAUGGAGGAAGGGAAGACUGGUUCAACAACGUAACAGUAUGCUCCCAACGAUCACGUCUAAGGAUUGGCUGGAUAUUGAUUUUGCUAUAGCAGAAGGUGUGGAUUUCAUUGCAUUAUCGUUUGUGCGUUCAGCUGAUACAAUCAAUCAUCUACGGAGUUAUAUUGCUGCACGAUCUCCUAACAGGGAUGUUGCUGUUAUUGCUAAAAUAGAGAGUGUCGACUCACUGAAGAAUCUGGAAGAGAUCAUUAAAGCUUCGGACGGAGCUAUGGUUGCCAGAGGAGACAUGGGCUCACAAAUACCUCUAGAACAAGUUCCAUUUGCACAACAUAGAAUUGUUCAGCUAUGCAGGCAGCUGAAUAAGCCAGUCAUUGUUGCCUCACAACUCCUCGAGUCUAUGAUCGAGUAUCCUAUACCAACUAGAGCCGAAGUUGCUGAUGUUUCUGAAGCCGUCAGACAACAAGCUGAUGCGUUGAUGCUCUCUGGGGAAUCAGCUAUGGGUCUUUACCCUGAUAAGGCGUUGGCCGUUCUUAGGAGUGUCAGCGUGCGGAUGGAGAAAUGGUGUAGAGAGGAUAAGCUUAGUGAAGAGUUGGAACUGACGAAUAUAUCAACUUCGUUGUCGGCUGUCAUAAAAGAAGAGAUAUGCCGUUCUGCUGCUAAAAUAGCGAGCAGCCUUCAAGUGGAUGCGUUGUUUGUUUACACGUCAGACGGACACAUGGCAUCUCUCCUUUCACGGUGGCGACCAGACUGUCCCAUAUUUGCCUUUACCCCGACUGCUUCUGUCCGUAAACAGUUAAAUCUGCAAUGGGGGUUAAUCCCUUUCCGGUUAAACUUUUCUGAAGACAUGGACAGUAAUUUGAGCAGAACUCUGUCGUUGUUGAAAAUAAGAGGCAUGAUCAAAUCUGGAGACCGUAUUGUUGCUGUUUCUGAUAUGCUACAAUCUAUCCAGGUACGGGUUGUUCCCUAAGCUCGUGAUCAUUGUUAGUUUGUUGCGUGAUUCGCUAGUAUGAGAUUGGGUACGGGUUCUCAAUUCUCUACCUAAUUUGCUAAAUUAAACAAAAAAUGUACCAUCUUCAUGUCAUAAUUCGCCUUUUCGGUUCUCGGUUCGUGGGGUGAUUAGGGAAUUAGGUAACAUUGUUCGUGAUUAAUGUACUGAUAUGCUUUGAUUUGGGAUCUGGAUUAUGUUUUAUAGGAUUAUUUGUAUUAUUUUGGGUAAGAAACUCAAAUAAUUCGUUAUUAUUCCUUGUGAUUUUCGAAGUCAUUAUUAGGUUGUAUUAUUAUUAUUUAUUGCUUAGGGUAUAUAGUGUGACAUUUUUAUCCUAGAUUCUUUGGUCUGGUUGCUAGUGUAUCCGAAUCUUGUUUUUCCUUAAUGGUAUGUAAUAACAAUUAUAAUGACUUUUGAAUUCUGAUUA